UAAAACUCUAGGAAAAACUUUGGCUAGUCUCAGCUCAGCUACGUCCCACAAAAUGGCAGCCGCCAUGGAGGAAUUCGAACAUCAAUUUGCUGCAGUUUCUGCAGAAAUUACAUCAAAAAUCAACAAAAUUCCAAUUCUCAGUGGAAAUGACAAGAAACAAUUGGCAAGUUCAGCUGAAAAGCAGGUUGAUGAGGCUCACGAAUUGCUGGAGCAGAUGAACAUUGAAAUUCGCAACAUUCCGUCCGCAGAACGCCAAAAGUUCACCACCAGGUUAAAAAGCUACCAGACUGAGCUGAAUCGGCUAGAGAAAGAUCUUAGACGAUCCAAGGUUUCAUCAAGAGACGAUGGAGCAAGAGAAGAAUUGCUUGGUCUGGAUGAUUAUCGCAAUUCAGAAGAUCAAAAAACAAGACUAUUAGACAACACAGAGAGACUGGACAGGACAUCAAGGAAAUUAGAUGCUGGCUACAGAAUGACAAUAGAGACGGAACAACUUGGGCAAGAUAUCGUGGAUAACUUGCAUAGAGACAGAGAAAAAAUUGACAGAUCAAGAAAUAGAUUACGGGACAUGGACUCCAACGUCGGCCAAAGCUCAAGAGUACUCAGUGCAAUGAUGCGAUCCUUCAAAAUCGACUAAUCAUGCUGUUCCUAGGCCUGAUCAUCUUAAGCGUCAUUAUCCUGGCCAUCUACUUCAUCGCAAAGAAAUGAUAACGGCUUCUCCUAGGUUACCCUGCUCAUUCCUGCCUUUGAGAAGCAAACAGAGACGUACAAGAAACGUCGAGGGUAGUAGACGUGGUGGCCGAGGUUUGCAUUCCAAUCCAUCCCUAGGUAGCCGGUUGGUAGUAUUGUGCAUUAAACGGUUUUAGAGUCAGAACUCUGUAGGCAAAGUAUUUUCCUAGCUAGCAUGGGAAGGUAACAUGUCCAUUUGUUCACAUAAUCAACAUGUAUCAGCAUUUCAUGAUAGACACGUUACGAUAUGUGCAAGGCAAUGAACUUUGAUUGAAUAAAAUCGAGCCUUCCUCUCUAGUUUUUGGCAAUCAGAUGUGAUUCAUUAAAAUAGUUAAUUAGGACCAUGCACUUUAGCAUUUCGAGGCUUAAGGCUUUAGGAAUUGGAGUCAAGUGCCAAAUCUAAGUCUGUGUUUGCAAAAGGCUAGGUUAAGGUUUAGGAUUAGGUUUGGUCUAGGGUUAAAGUUAAUAAUGCAGUUAGUCUAGGAUAUCGAGCUAUUGACCAUAAAAUACUGGAACAUGUGUUGUAAAACACAAAAUAUAUGUGAAAUGGUAAUUACUGGAAAUGUUCAUGUUUUGUGUACGUCUAGGUGGGAUGUGUAAAUACAGAAGGGUAUGAGAAUAUUUAUUUGACAGCAUUAUAAAGGUUAAUGGCCAAUUAAAUCCAUGUAAUCACUUCAUUGUUAUGGAAGCAGAAAAGUAAGAGAAACAGAGAGGCGAAAGUUUGAAAUAUAUCAAGCCAAUAAUAAGGGAGUUAUGAAUGUUUGAAAAAUGAAAUCAUUAAAUCCAUGCCAAUCUAAAAUUAGCAAUAUGGUCAGUGGAUUGUGACGUAGACAUCGGAUAGCUCUCCCAUUUGUCCAGUACAAAAUAAAAUUAUCAUUAAUUUAUCUUUUUCUCCUAAGUACAUUCUCCUUUUGGGCACUACUCAAAAUUGUUUACGGGUAGCACAUUAUUAUAGGUCCUCUCAAAAACAACAAGGCCAUCCAAUUCCUGAAUAAAUUUUGAUUGUUUACGUGUGUUAACAUAAAUGGGAAAGUAGUCUGGCACUUCAUCACAGUGACAUUACUCAAGUGCUCAUACGUGCAGUGAUUACAACUUUCAAAAAUUCAUGAAUUUCUUAUCUUUUGUCAGAUUUAAUUCAAACUGUCACCAGUCUGCUUCUGUAAUUGUUUUGCUUUGUGUUGGAGUAAAUGUCUGUUAAGGUUGGAUUUCCUUACAACAGUUAGUUCAACUUUGAUAUAAAUGUCUUCUUUAAAAAAAAUGGAAAAUUAAAAAAAAAAGGAUGUAUAGCAGGAGGUUUAAAGAACAAAUUAUACUAUAACACCUUUUCACUAGGAAAACACUCACAAAUUGCCAAAACUCAAUCUCUGUAAUUGAUGUAAUGAAAUUUCUGCGAGGCAGAAAUAAGCCAGAGCUAUUAAAUUGAAUAUGUGAAUACCUUUGUUGCAUGCAGUUGCAUUCAUUUUCAUCAAAAAAACACAGCUGCGUUGUUUUAUUUUGCGGCAGUUUACUGUAUCGACCCUUAGUCGCAUUUGAGAAGAUGAAUGUUUACAUAUGUACAGAUAUUUAUUAUGGCUACCAGCCAUGUAAUGAAACGUCCUUUCUUCUGUCUUAGACAUAUAUUGUAUCAUGUGUUGAGAGCCAGAAGGGUGUUAACAGUCUCCAAAUGUGCAUGACUUGACACCCUAUAAUAAGCUUUGAGUGGUGGAUGUUAUGUAUAUAGCCAAUGUUGUUGUGCUAAGAGUAGGUCAUCUGCAAUCUUGCAUGUAUACGUUUUGUUUAUUUUUAUCGAGUUUUUGUUGACACAGCACUGACUGAAUGUGUGAUGCAAUAGCCAAGUUUGUAAAGUAUAUGCAUAGUAUGAUUGAUUGUAUUGUAUCCUCAUGGAUCUGUUGGAAUAACUACUAUUUUCACCAGGAAGAAAGGUCCUGUUUAGCAUUUCUCACUAAGAUGCAAUUAUUAUUGAGUCACAGUGUUAGCCUAGAAUAUUGUUUUUACUUUCACUGAAUCUUUUGUUUGCCCUCCAAUUUUCCAAACAGUAUAUCUAGUUCAUGUUAUGUGCUUGCUAAAUGCAUUGAUCAUUGCUUUUCGUGUUAUAACUGAUUUGGCAUGAGGUGUAACAUUAUGAGGAAACAAUAGAUUGUUUAUUCCUCAAGGAUGUAAUAUUAGUUGUACGUAAUACAGUUUUCAAAGGCAUUAAAACUUGUGUAGCAUUGAGGAGAGUUGAAUCUAAAAUUCAUUGGGCUUAAGAAUUUUACUUUUGUUCUGCAAGAUGCAAACUUUGCAAUCUGCGAAAUAUAUGGUAUUAUAGGCCCACUGUAUUCGUCCUCCGACACUUCUUUUCUAGUCUUCACAUUUGUCCUUUCCUUAUCUUCUUUGAUGAAAAAAAAUGAAAUCAAAGUUUAAUCCACGAAUACCCCGACAUGUAACAUUUUUCUUGGAUAAGUGAUUUUAUUAUUGUAUAUAGUUUGUAUGUAAUGUAAGGUUAUUCAAUGUGUAUAUUGUGUAUAUUUGUCACAUAUAGAAGAGUAUAUAUAUUAUGAAAAUAAUGGUGAAUAAAAAAGGAAAAAAAAAAAA